AACCCUAGGAGAACGAAUGGAUCUCGCCGCUGAUCAUGAUCGCUCGACGGAGGAGACAGACAAUCUCCAGCGAAGUACUAAAAAGAGUAAAGGGGAGAUGCAGCAUUCAGUCACGAACAGACCAUGGUUCCAAGGGAGGAUGACUAGAUGUUGGAAAACAUGUCUUAUAAGGAGAUGCUUAUGAGGUAUAAUGGGGAAUGGGGGAGUGAAUUUGAUCAAUUGAAUGAACAAGAAGUGGAACAUCACGAGGAGGUUCCAACGACUGAGAAGAUGGUUUCAGCGCCAGAUGUGGUAUGGGAGACAGAGGCAGAUGGUAGGGUUAAUUUUAAGCUGUCAGAUGAAUUUAAAAGGAAAACUUGGAAACCCUGGCAUAAAGCCAUUUUCGUGAAAUUACUGGGGAAGAGGGUAUCGAUUGCUUUUAUGAAGAAGAAAUUGGAGAAUAUGUGGGCAAGAGAGGGCAUAAUUUUUGUGACUGAUUUAGAGAAUGACUAUUUUCUGGUUCGUUUUGAGGAUCAGAAGGAUAUGGAUUUUUCCUUCACAGCAGGGCCGUGGUUAAUAUUUGAUCACUAUUUAGCAAUUCGGUCCUGGGAACCGGAUUUUCAACCUUUUCAGGCAGCCAUUAAUAGAAUUGUGGCAUGGAUCCGUCUUCCAGAAUUUCCCUUGGAGUAUGUCAACACUGAGUUAGUGAAAAGCAUUGGAAAUUGGUUGGGGAAGUUUGUAAAAGUUGAUGUGGCUACUACUUCUCUUGCUCGGGGCAGAUUCGCAAGAAUGUGUGUGGAACUGGAUCUCAAUCAGCCCCUUCAAGUGGAGUACAAAGUGGAAGACAGAGUCAAGCGAAUUGAGUAUGAGGGUCUUCACUUAAUUUGUUAUACAUGCGGGAUGUAUGGGCAUCGACAGGAAAACUGUCCGCAUCAUUAUGUUCAAGAGGUGGAAAGAGGGACACAUGAGAAGGAAGAGCAUGCAGAAAGUAAAGACAGUCAUGCGAAUACUUCUAAAUGUCCUGCUGUUGAUCAUCCCAAUUUUGGGCCUUGGAUGCAAGUGAUAAAGGGCAGGAGGAACCAAGGGAGUGAUAAUGUAAAGGGUAAAAAGAUACAGAACACUAGAAAAGCUGAAAAUAAAUUUGAAGUUUUGACGAAUCAGGAGAGUCAGAAGGGAGAAGAUGGUAACUCAGGAACUAUGGUUGUGUAUCAGCCUCCUUUGCAGAGCUCCCCUCAUUCCAAAGUCAAGAAGAGCACAAAGGCUGUUGUUAAUCUGGUGGAAACAGAAUCGAGAUUCAGUCUGGAGGGUGUUGAUGAGACGGAUAGGAUGGAAAUUCCUAAUGUUGAAAGUCACAGUAGGGGUAACGAGCAAAAUGGUGCAGGGAAGGAAGUGGUUGGAAUCAAAAACUCUCCUCUGAUGUUAGGAGCGACGGAAGGGCGUGAUAUUACCAAGAAGCAUUCUCCUACCACUUUUAUUUUGAGGGACCAAAAUGGGCCAAUUUGGGGAGAGUAUUUAAACGGCUUGAUAGGGUGGUGGCCAAUUUGGAUUGGCGGUUAUUAUUUGAUGAAGCUCGUGUCUCUUCCCUUCCUCGGCUAUUUUCUGAUCACAACCCGUUGUUGAUUAAGCUGUUAGAGGAUGUCAAUUACAUUGGUAAGAGACCCUUACAUUUUUUUGCUGCCUGGCAAGAACAUCAAUUAUUCCAUAGUUUCCUCCAGUCAAAAUGGGACCAUGCGUUUGACUUACCAUAUAUGCUUCAAAGAUUAGUUCCAGAGAUUCAGGAUUGGAACAGAAAAGUUUUUGGAAAUAUUGAGAGGAGGAAGAAUAGUAUUAUAAAAAAGAUUUCUAAUAUUCAAGACAGGAGAGAGCACCAGGAUACUUCUUUCUUAAAGAAUUUAGAGUAUAUUCAGGAAAGACGAUGGUUAACAUCAGGGAACUUAUCGAGCUUAAAAAUUUGGCCUGCAAUUAUUUCAAGGUUCUUUUUACAGAAGAUAUUCAGGAAAGACGAUGGUUAACACCAGGGAACUUAUGGCCAGAUAUUCUAAUAAGGGAUCAGGUUCUUCUUAAUACGGCUCCUAAUGGAAUGGAAAUUAAACAAACAGUUUUCAGUAUGGGUGGUUUGAAGGCUCCAGGUACUGAUGGAUAUCCAGCUAUUUUUUUCCAGAAAAAUUGGGAUUUGCUCAAAGCUCAGGUUUGUUCUCUUGUCAAUCAGAUUUGGAAUUAUCCUGAUGUCUUGGCUUCAAUUAAUUCUACUCUUCUGGUUUUAAUUCCUAAAGUUUUGUCUCCUGCUUACAUUAGCCAAUUUAAGCCGAUUUCUCUU